AUGUCCGAGUUGCGUGGUUCGCCGCCGAUGUCUAGGGCUGCUUUGGAAAGCGGUUUCGGCGCUCCGUUGGCCGCGCUGAGUUCUUUGGCUGAGGCGGCCCCUCCGGCUCCGAACCCUCACGGGAUAGAUCACAUUUUAUCUCGGCCGACUGUCGGGUCGAACGUUGGAGCUGGUCUGCUGGCGCCGAGGCUGUCGCUGGCGGCGGCGGCGGCGGGCAUGGCGCACUACCUCCAACACAAGCCGCUGUACUGGCCCGGCUUCCAGGGCCUCGUCUCCAACCCCAUGGCCUGGAGAGAGAGGCUUCAAACAAGGUUAAAAUCAAGCCUAAAAAGAUCACAUACACACAAACAUAGCAUGGACAAAGAUGGCAAGAAGAAGCACACCAGGCCCACAUUUAGCGGCCAGCAGAUCUUCGCCCUGGAGAAGACCUUCGAACAGACCAAGUACCUCGCCGGCCCGGAGCGCGCCAAGCUUGCGUACGCCCUGGGCAUGACGGAGUCACAGGUCAAGGUCUGGUUCCAAAACAGAAGAACAAAAUGGCGGAAAAAGCACGCGGCGGAGAUGGCGACCGCGAAACGCAAGCAAGAAGAGCUGGGUGACGAGUGCGAUGAGCAGGAAUCCCAUGACGCGGACCCUUGCAGCGAUGACGACGACGCCAAGCGGCCGCGCCUCGACCUGCACAUGCAUAUACCGCACCACCGGCAGUGAUCACUGCCGGGUGCGGACACCAGCCGCGCCUGCGAUCAAAUGGACAAUGCAAGUGCCA